AUGAUUGAUGCAAAAAAGAGGCGCAAGGGGGACACGGGCAGCGCGGACGAACAGCGCUGCGGGGACAUCGUUUCGAUUUCAUACAGAUACGGCGGCAACCCGGCAGAUGUCACGGCCUACGAAAGCAGCUUGGUGAUUCACUGGGGACUCAAUCCCCAGGCCGGCGGCCCAGUCUUCACGGGUAUGACAUUCUCCAGCAAUGGGCAGGUUUCGCUUAUUUCAAAUCUGAAGGUAUGAUGAUGAUCCUUUUCUUGAUGCUAGUGUGCAGCGACUGGCAACUCGAGUGGCUGUCUUCAAGCUUCAUAAGUUGAGAGCCCUGUAGGACGUAGUUGUCGCAUUUUACUCCUAAUAUGAAGGCCUGACAUUUUGUUGAGUUAGUCUUUCAAGGUGAAGAGGCUGUAUCAUAUUGUACACAGCAUGAUCUUCUGCGUCUUCCAUCUCUCUGAGGCGAGGUUCUCCUUCCUUUUCCUUUUUUUUCUGCCUUCUCGAGGAUCCUGCCGGGGCUCUUGAAGCGAGAACGGAGCCCACCGUAGCUGCGCUGAUCUUUCCGGCGUUUUGUACAAACAAUAAACGUGCUAAUUCCCUGGUGGAGGAAAGUAGAACGAGGCACGUUUCUCAAUAUGCAAGUGGGGCUUGUGCUCCUGCUAUCCUAGAUUCAAUUCGUAUUUGCAAUCUGCAUGUAAGAACCUGCGUGGCAAGAGCAGGGGAUUCGUGGCUGCUGCGAGUAACGGACGAUAGUGAGACAAUUUGGUUUGUAAUUGUUUCGCUCCUACGGAAAAAGAUCGUCGUAUGUUUUUGUACUGUAGUACUACUUGUGCUUAUGCAUUUUCCCCCGGCGUCGCUCCUAGGUAGGUACAGAGUGGCACUAUCAUGACCAUGUUGAUUAGGGUGCAAAAAUGUCCUGAGCGAAACCUUCCCGAUUUCGCUUUGCUGCAGCAUAUCUCCGAUGGUAUCGAGCCAACAAAAUGCCUUCACGAACUUGAAGGUCAUGCAAUACAAGAUUGAGCAGAAGCUAUCACGCGCAACUAGAGAUAGAGUUUUGCUGGACCACCCGUGUGACUAUUUCUUGUUGCGCAUGCUGAUCCAAUGCCCAUUUUCAAGUUUCAAAGAUAUUCAUACUUUCAUGUUUAUCUAUCAAUAUGAAUAUUUGUGGAUGUAUGUAAGGAACUGUGAGACACCCUGUGCAGGUGUGAUCAGGAAGCGCUGAGACACUCACAAGCAUGAAAAAAAAAGCAUAUUAUAGUCAUCAGAUUAUUUAUUUAAAGCCGCACAUCAACAUCUCCCCGUCUCUCGAUCGGGUAGAGAAUGUUCUCAGAUUAUGCGCAUUCGGUUAGCGAGUGCUAGGGGGCAAAAAGCAGGGCGGAAAAACAAAAAGUAACGUGUAUAGCUGCGGCAAGCAUGGGUGACAGCACGAAGUUGGAUUUUAUUAGGAUAGAACCGGCAAACAACCUACGGUGGACCCCCGCCUUGCAUUGGGCUCGAGCAGGAUCCGGCUGUGGUGCAAAUUAUGAACCAUGAGGUGUCCGCAAAUCCUGCGGCACCGAAGCCGGAGGAACGUCAAGUUGCUGCAGGCGUGGACGAGGGUGCUCCCGCCGGCAAUGUCGCGAACAACCCCCAAGCGGGAUCUCCGCAGGUAUCCAAGAAAAAACUGUGUCUACUAUCUAAGCUCUUGUGCAUAUUCGUAUUGUAUUGCUUUCUGCAAAUUUUGGCUUCACUGGCAUCAAAAAUUGUUUGUGAUUCCUCUUAUGCUGUUUUAUUGGCACAGUUCGCACUGAGUCUCAGUGGUCGCACCAACAGUAAAAAUGAACUUUGCUGUACGUCCAGUGUAGCAAGAGCUAGCGUCCGACGAGUGGGCUACACUGUCUUGCGCAAGACGAAGACUAACACAAGAAAUGUGCACUAG